AAUUUAGAAAAGGAAAAACAAAAGACAUCGAAACCAUAUUGCUGCUGGUUUUCCACGACUCGAGAACCUAAUAUAAAUUGCAGAAUUUUCCUGGAUGUCCAUAGCGUGCCGUUAUGAUGUCCUGUCCAAUGUUGACAAUUUAUCCGCGUCCCCAACUUCUACCUUCCCCGGUCAGUCCAGCCUUUCUCAAGCCUUAUAAAUAACUCCCAUGCGCAGCUUAGUCUCCAAGUAAUCCAGCCGCACCCACCGUCUCAUUUCCAAGUUAAUCCCCAUGAGGGCGUCAAAAACUCUAUGCUUAGGGUCUCUACUCUUCCUCAUCGGCAUUCUCCAGUGUAAAGCUUGGCCCCAGUACACUUUCGUGGUCGAAGAAACGCCAUACAAGAGACUAUGCAGCACGAAGAACAUUCUGACUGUGAAUGGGCAAUUUCCUGGGCCAACUCUAUACGUGCACAAAGGCGAUACCAUCAUUGUUGAUGUCUAUAACAAGGCUAAAUACAACAUUACCAUUCAUUGGCACGGUGUGAAACAACCAAGAUAUCCGUGGUCCGAUGGACCAGAGUUUAUAACCCAAUGCCCAAUACAGCCAGGAGCUAAGUUUAGUCAGAAGGUGAUAUUCUCCACAGAAGAAGGGACCUUAUGGUGGCAUGCUCAUAGUGACUGGUCAAGAGUCACUGUGCAUGGAGCCAUCGUUAUUUACCCAAAAAAAGAUUCAAGCUAUCCUUUUCCGAAACCUGAUGCUGAAGUACCUAUUAUAUUAGGAGAAUGGUGGAAGAAACCGAUAAUGGAGGUCUAUCAUGAAAUGCUCAGAACCGGAGGAGAUCCAAAUGUUUCAGAUGCUUAUACUAUCAAUGGUCAACCCGGAGAUCUUUACCCAUGCUCAAUGCAAGAUACUUUCAAACUAAGGGUUGAGCAAGGCAUGACAUAUUUGCUGCGAAUAAUCAACGUGGCCAUGCAAGACCUCCUCUUCUUCUCCAUUGCCAAUCACAGCCUCACCGUCGUCGCAACGGACGCGAGCUACACUAAGCCCCUAACGAGAGACAUCAUCACAAUAUCUCCCGGUCAAACCAUCGACGUCCUCCUUAAAGCCAACCAAAACCCCGACCGCUACUAUAUGGCUGCUAGGGUAUACUCUAGCGCUCUCGGUGUGGCUUACGAUAACACAACCACCACGGCCGUGGUGGAAUACUCUGGAAAGUACACUCCAACCUCGCCACCUCCUUUGCCGCAACUUCCUUAUUACAAUGACACCUCCGCGUCGGUCAAUUUCACUGGCAGCCUCCGAAGCUUAGCAAACGAGGAGCACCCCAUCGAUGUCCCCAAGAAUAUAACCAACCAUUUCAUCUUCACGAUAUCCGUUAACGCAUUCCCGUGUCCAAACAAUUCCUGCGCUGGCCCCAACGGGACCCGUCUCGCCGCAAGUGUGAACAACAUAAGUUUCGUGAACCCCUCGAUGCUCCGGAGCUUAGCUAGUGGGGAACACCCGGUUCCUAUAACCGUCCCACAAACUGUGACCCACAAGUUCCUGUUCACCAUCUCGGUGAAUACGUUCCCUUGCGCGAAAGACUCGUGUGCCGGGCGGCACGGGUCCCGCCUUGCCGCCAGCAUGAACAACAUAAGCUUCGCGUCCCCAUCGAUUGACAUACUCCAAGCCUAUUACAACCGCAUCAAGGGCGUGUACGGCGACCAAUUCCCGAGCAAGCCCCCGCUCAAGUUUAACUACACGGCAGAGUACCUCCCACUGGCCCUGGAGACGCCACGAAACGGGACGUUGGUCAAGGUGCUCGAGUACAAUGCGACGAUGGAGAUGGUCUUGCAGGGGACCAACGUGGUGGCCGGGACCGAUCAUCCCAUGCACCUCCAUGGGACCAGCUUUUACGUGGUGGGGUGGGGAUUUGGCAAUUUCCACAAGAAGGACCCCAAAAGAUAUAACCUGAUGGACCCUCCAUUGCAAAAUAUCAUCGCGGUGCCCAAGAGUGGAUGGGCCGCGGUGAGAUUCCAAGCCUUCAAUCCAGCAACGGCAAGAUACUGCAGGUCUGUGGGCGAGCACUUGCAGUGUGCUGACCCUGGAGCCGACCUUAUCUGA